AAUUUCUAAAUCCUCCCCUCUUUUUCUCACUUUCUGUAAAAUUCUCCCUCUUCUUCCAUACUUAUGCUUUUCUUUCCCAAUUCCAGUCAUAAUUCUCUCACAAACUUGCCGUUUCUUUUUCUUGUAUCAUUUUAAAUUUCAUUAAACUUUGCUGCUCUUUGUCUUGCUCUUUUAUAUUUUCCUAAGUACUAUUUACUGUUAACUAAGAUUAUAAAGUAAAGAAACUGCAACUAAUUAUAUUUGAAGCAAGUAUGGCGACUGAAAUCCAAAUCCAAAAAUACGAUGAAAUUAUUGAGAAUUACAUUUCAUUUGCAUCUAAGUUUUUGAAAAGGUAUUAUAUGUGUAGAUCUCGAUAUUUGGCAGGACUUUUAGAUGCAGAAAUGAGAAUUGCAAGGAUGGGUUUGUCAGUUGAUGAAGUGAGAGAAAAAUAUACAGAUGAUGAGAAAAUGAAAGGAUGUCAACUCCAUGAAGCCGCACGGAAUGGAGACCAUGUUCUUGCAUUACAACUCCUUCAAUCAAACCCAAAUUUGAUGUUUUACAGUGUGGAUGGAAAUACAGUUCUGCAUGUCACGGCAAUGCGUGGCAACAGGUGUUUUGUUAAGAAGCUGAUCGACUUCAUCAGAGAAAAGCCAUUAGUGUUUGAAUCAAAAAAAUGCCCGUACAUAAUUUUAAAUGAUGAUGAAGAUACAGCUUUGCACUUGGCCCUCAAAUUUAAACAUGAGGAAUUGGCUUCUGAUUUGGUAAAGGAAUUUCCUGAACCAAAAUUUGUAUACGCAGUGAACAAGAAUGAGAUGAUGCCCAUAAUGCUAGCCGUAAGAGCAGGCUACUCCAACCUUGUGGAGGAUAUGUUGAAGCAAGCACCUUGGACUUCUAUUUCCCCUGAGAUAAGAAAUUUCCUUCAACAUUCCACAAUCCUUCAUGAUGCUAUGGAUACAAAAAACUUAGGAAUGUUGCAAAUAGUACUGGACAAUAUGCCUGCUUUGGCGGAGUCAGUUUCUGUUUGGUGUACGCCAUUGAUUUACGCAGUGAAUAAAGGUUAUGUUGAAGCGGUUCAAUAUUUUCUCAAUAAAUUUCCAAAUUUAGUAACCACAUGUACUGACGAGGGUGUAUUUCCAAUACACGCGGCAAUUAUGGUAGACAAUAUAUGCAUUGUUAAAGAGAUACUAUCACACUAUCCUGAAGCAAUGAACCAAGAGUAUACCAACGAAUACAUGUUUGGAGGAUGGAGGCCUCUUUCAUAUGCAACAUACAUGGGUCGUCUUAGCAUAGUUCGAUUCAUGCUUACCAACUUCCCAGAGUAUGCCACCAAAUGUGACUCGGAUCGAGAUUUUCCCAUACAUUGGACUUUUGGCAUACAUGCCGAUGAGAGUGUUGAUUUUCUCAAGGAGUUUAUAUCAUGUGUUCCUGAAACAUUAUAUCAAGUUAAUGAAAGAGGUGAAACCAUUCUACACCUUGUUGUGAGGUAUACAAGACCAGAAUACUUGUCUUAUCUCAAAACAUUACCUGAAUUUAACAAUAUAUUCCACCUCAAAAAUGUAGAUGGCAACACUUUCUUAGAUUUAAUGAAACAAAAGAUGGAAUACCAUAGAAGUCAUCCGGAAGCUCAAACCUUUUUUAAAAGAAUGAAGGAAGGGCUUGAAAGAUCGUUCAAAUUCCAAGUUUGAAUUAUAAUAAAGUUCUAAAAUUAUUUAUUACGUAUGUAUUAGAGAUACUUAUUUAAACUCUUCUAUUUGGUGACAAUUUUUUACAUGUUCAAUAAAAUAUUCGAUAUAUGAUGUUGUGUUUUUGUUUUCUCUGUUGAUGCUUAUUUUAGCAUUUUAAAGUGGUUAGUCAAAAGUCCUAUAAAAAGCGACCAUAUCAAUCUGA